UUAAAUGGUGUUGCACUCGUUGGUGUUACAGUGAAAUGUAUCCUGAAAACAGUUUCGUGAAGUGCCUGACGGAAAGAUUCAGACAGCGACUUGCGUUUUAGGUUUCACCUUGUGAUGGACAAUGAGGCUUCUGCCUUUUACCGGGAGCUGCCAAAAGUGGAGCUUCACGCUCACCUCAAUGGUUCCGUCAGCUUCCAAACUAUCGAGAAACUCAUCAGCAGAAAGCCUCACCUCAACAUUGAACAUGACAUGACUGCUAUUGGCAAAGGACAGCUAAGGACACUGGAUGAGUGUUUUCAGGUCUUCAAAGUAAUCCAUAAACUGGUGGACACUGAGGAGGAUAUCCUGAUGGUAGCUACAGAUGUUAUCAGGGAGUUUGCAGCUGACGGUGUCAAAUAUUUAGAACUUCGAAGUACACCAAGGGAGGAGAAAAACACAGGAUUGACAAAAAGGAAAUACAUUGAGACUAUCAUAAAAGCCAUGCAACAAUGUAAAAACGAUGGAGUGGACAUAGAUGUGAGGUUCCUGGUAGCGAUUGACCGCAGAAAUGGGACCGAAGUUGCGAUGGAGACAGUGAAGCUGGCGGAGGAGUACAUGCUGUCCUCUGAUGGGAUGGUGGUGGGACUUGACCUCAGUGGAGAUCCAACGGUUGGGCAUGGCAAAGACCUCCUACCUGCUCUGCAGAAGGCAAAGAAUUGUGGCCUGAAGUUGUCUCUGCACCUCUCAGAAGUACCAUCACAGCUCGAGGAGACAGACCUGCUGUUGAAUCUGCCUCCAGACAGGAUCGGUCACGGCACCUUUUUGCAUCCAGAGGUGGGAGGAUCUCAAAGUCUUGUUGAGAAAGUGCUAAAGAACAAAAUACCUCUGGAGCUGUGCCUGACAUCUAAUGUUAAGGGACAGACUGUGCCGUGUUACUCCAAACAUCAUUUCAAAUACUGGUACCAGCUGGGACAUCCCAGUGUGAUUUGUACGGACGAUAAAGGAGUCUUCUGCACAGACUUGUCUCAGGAAUAUCAGCUGGCAGCUUCCACUUUUGGUCUGAGUCAUGAGGAGAUUUGGAAGCUCUCCCAGCAGGCGAUCGACUGUAUAUUCGCCCCAGACAACGUGAAACAGCAGCUCAAACAGAAAUGGAUUGAUAUGAAACCUCAGGUGUUCCAGUGAGCGCCCUGCAGGGAUUUAAGCCAAUCAUAUACCUCAAACUAUAGUUAACAAAAACCUUUUCAUUGUAUUUUUACACAUCUGUGUGGACACUGUAUCGACUUAAAUGUGAGGUCUUAAAAUGUGUGUAACACUCAAGUAAAAAAUACCUUUUUACUACAA